CUGCAAUGGGAAGAACGUCAUCUCUUCCCUCUAUAUAGCAUAUAUAUACACCAUCACUUUCCCAAAUUCUCAUACACUUUUAACUUUUGUUAUAGACUUUAUACUGCUCACUCAGCUAGCUAGAAGAAAGUAAACCAAUCAGUCAAUUGAGCAAAAAUCCCCUGUUUUCUUCCAUGGCUACUAAACCAGUUUUGUGUUCCAUCUUCAUCUUGAUCCUUUCCCAAAUCUUAAUGUUUCAAAUCCAGGCAACGCAUCACAACAACGACGACGAUGACGGCGAAGAAUACAAAUUUCUCCAAUCAGUUGAUCAUAACCCGAGGCAGAGGAUGAAAAGAGAGAAGCUCAGCCAUUUCAAGUUCUACUGGCACGAUAUCCUCACCGGGCAGAACCCAUCUGCGGUGACUAUCGUCUCGCCGCCGAGAUUGAUGGCGAAUGGUUUUGGGAUGAUGAGGAUGAUGGACAAUCCCUUAACUUUGGGUCCCGAAUUGGGUUCCAAAUUGGUCGGAAGGGCUCAAGGGAUCUAUGCCUCUGCUUCGCAAGAAGAGAUUGGGUUGUUGAUGACCAUGAAUUUGGCUUUUACUGAAGGGAAGUAUAACGGGAGCACGAUCACCGUGAUGGGCCGGAAUCCGGUGUUGCAUACGGUGAGGGAGAUGCCGGUGAUCGGAGGAAGUGGGCUAUUCCGGUUUGCUCGUGGAUAUGCUCAGGCAAGGACUCAAUGGUUCGAUAUGAAUUCCGGCGAUGCAACUGUUGAGUACAAUGUUUAUGUACUGCAUUAUUGAUAAUCUCAUCGUCCUCGGUUUUUAAUUUAGCUUAUCUAUUGUUUCUUUUCUCCUUGUAUCUAACAUCGUUAGUGAAACUUUUUAUUACCUUAAGUUAUAGACUCCGGCCAAAAAUUAGGGGUGCGGAUUAUUGUUGUACAAUUUUUUUGUUCACCAAUACCGAUUCUGAUUUUGGGACGGAAAGAAUAAAUAAACAGGUCAUGUUUGCUGUAUGAGUCAACAGUCCAAAUAUAUGUAUCAUGUCUCGAUUUGCUUUUGUGCAUGAUCUUCAAAGUAAUGCAAAUUAGUACUAC